CGCUGCUUUAUGAGCUUGAGACAUGCGAAAGGCCACUACCAAGAUUUUUUUUUUUAUUCCUAUCUUUGGUUUUAGACUGAUUUUACUCAAGGUAUUGAUUUUCUUUAGAAAUAAGGAACAAUUCCUUUUUUUUUAAAGAUCUCUGAAAGGUGGAACCGAUUUCUACGGACUUUUCUUGGUAAUUCUAGUUAAUUUCGAACUAGCUAUAGAUAUUGGUGUUCUUUUGGUUUUUGGUUUUCCAUUGCAAAAAUGAAGAAUAAAUACAGUCCUGUUUCAGACUCUGACGAGUCUUUCAAAACGCUCAUUGAUGAGAAAUCAGAUAUACAUUCUUCAGAGGGUACGCCUCCUCCCUAUUCAGCUCCCAACAAAUUUAUUGAUUUAGAAAUGGCUGAUGGAUCUGCUCAGCAUUCUGCCCAAGAGUCCACUAACAACGCUGGAUCGGAUUCGAUAUAUUCGAAGUGGAUUAUUAUCAUAUAUCUCUUUUUUUUUGCGUCUCUUGGGUACAUUGGGGCUUAUUGUAUUCUUCUCGUAAUGUUCUUUUAUUUCAAGGUUCCUGUGAGGGCGCAAGACUUUUGGGGACUUUUUGGCGGAUUUAUUGGGGCGAUAUCAUUAUUUCUUUAUUUGGCGCAUAUGCUCUACCCGGGGUGGUACAAGCAAGCUGGUAGAGUGCUGUCCUACUUAUUCACGCAAACUGGUAGAAUGCUGUCCUACUUAUUCACGCAAACUGGUAGAAUGCUGUCCUACUUAUUCACGAAAAUUUGUAGUGUACUGCCCAACAUGUGUGUCGCAGUAAUAUGUACGGCUUCUCUGAAUGUCGUUGGUUUCGUCGUCUAUCAUAAUGUAAAGAAAAUAAUAGGAUUUGAAAAGAUGAACGAUAUUGCUUUCUAUGGUGUCUGCAUUGUUAACGUUGCCGUGUUUGUUCUAUUUUGGAGUACGACGGAUACGCGACAACUUCGAAUAUUCAUUGCUGGUUUAGGAAACGGCAUGGGAAGCAUAGGAAACGGCAUGGGAAACAGCAUAAGAAAUGCUGCGAAUUAUGUUCGACCGACAGAUCCAGAAAAUGAAGCACCUCAUAACGAGGAAAUCGAGCUUCAACCUUUUGCUGGGCAAAGCGCUGAAGUUUGAGUUUUAACGAAUCUUUUCCAUCCCUCCUAUAAAUCACAUUUCCUUGGAAGCAUCCAUAUCAAUUGCAAUCCCUCGAGUUUCUGCAUUCUUGUCCACAAAAGUAAGCACAACUUCAUUCGGCAGGUUUGAUUGCUUUUCACGUUCACUCUUUAUGGAUCUAAGAAUUCGUCUCGCAAUAGUGUUAUUUAUGAAUCUUUCAUUUUCUUUGUGACGAACAUCAAAUUAUUAAAGCAACCUUUUUAAUGAUUAUUUAAUUGUUAUGACGAUAGUCUUGCAAAAUAAUCAACCGAUUUCUAAUUCAAAGCUGGACGUAUUCAGAUUGGCCGUUUCAACUAAUGUAGUUUAAUAAUUUACUUCUCAAAACUACAGCUUCGUCAAUUGCUAUAAAUUCAGACAUUUGGUCUCACACCUCAACGACAAUUUAGCACAAUGUGAAUAGCUAGAAAAGAGAAAAAAGUGUGCUUUAAUCUUUUAAGUAUCAAAAACCAUCCUCUAUCAAUUUUGUAAAAUCUAAGAUGAUGAAUACCCACUACAAAUACAAAUACCUUUAGUUACACGUUUUAAAUGUCUACGGCCACACCUAGGCGAAAACACCAGUUCCCGUCCGAUCACUGCAGUUAAGCGUCUGAGGGUCUCGUUAGUACUAUGGUUGGAGACAACAUGGGAAUCCGGGAUGCUGUAGGCUUUUUCUUGAUUUUUUUUCCUCUUUGUAUUUAUUUUUGCGAUUCUCUUCUAUUAAGAUUCGUACACUUUUAAUUAUAUACUGAUGCUGGAAAAAGUUUCUAUGCAACACUCAAAGCAGUGAUCGAUAACUCACUGAAGUUGCUAGAAUAGGAGAGAAUAGCUGAAAUCUGCAAAAAAUGAAUUAGAAGUGAAUGAAAUCUUUAAGAUGAGACUAAAUGAAGUUACACAGAUGCAAACACAAAAGGAAAACGCAAGAACUAGUUAUUAUCCUUAUCCCAAGAAAUCACUAUUAAAACGUAGUAGGAAGGAAUAAGUAUAUAUGCAAGUGUGGCAAAAAGCUAAAGCAGAAGUAGAAAAGUUUGCUACUUUACCUGUUUGUACCGUUCCAGCACUCUAAUGUGGAAUUUCUUGUAUUCUGAAGUUUCAAAAAUAUAAGAAAUAUGUCUUGUCACUUCUAACACAAAAUUUCUUUUGCUUAAAUAGAGGCCGAAGGUGUUGCAUAUGCAUAAAUGACAAUUGAUACUGAUUCAUCGAUUUGGAACUUUUAAUUAUCGUAUACAGAGCCUAAGUAUACACUAGUAGUUUGAUAGUUGAGAACAACUGUCAAUAGAAUAGAAAAGAUAUCAGACAUACCAGUAAAGUAAUAGCACAUCUAAGCCCGUUCAAUGCUAGUUAGCAAAGCUUUCAAUUCACUUCAUUGUUUAGCCUCACCAGCACUACCUUGAAUCCACUAUGGAUUUAUUAGAGUUGCUAAAUUCUAUAUGUACAAAAUCAUUUCUGGCUUCUCCUUAGCUUCGACUUGUUUAGUAACAGAUUGUUCAGUCUCGUGAUGUUCUAUAAUCGCAAAAUAUUGUUACCUUUAAGGUAGCAACUGGAAUCUUAUGGUUCCUAGACAUCCAAAACUCUUGCAUUUAUUAAUGGAUCUGGUUAUUUUUGGAAUAUCCAAACUUUAUAAUAUAUGAACUCAUAUGCUUCUUCAAAACGUAUUAUUUACAUCUGAAAAGGAUAGGAGAAUGAACUCAAUUUCUUGUCUAUCCAUUUGAUAAUCAUUCUUUUCUCUUCGUCUGGCUUCACAUCCUUGGAUUCAAAGCUUAAUUUUCGUAUCAUGAAUUAAAUUACUAUAUUAUUUUAUUAAUUAUUUCAUAGGUUAUUACAAUAGUUGGGUCUUGUAAUCGUCCUCCCGUUCAAUCGCAAUUCUUGGAAUCCUCACCAAGGGUAAUUGGCACUUUCAGCAAAAUAUGUACGAAAGUUGGUUGUCUAGAGGAUUAAUUACAAAAUCUUUAUGACUAUAAUAAAGUGAAGUAACAAAAUGAAUGCAAUGAAUUGCUACACAGUUUAAGAUACAGAAAAGAAGAGAUGUUCAAUCCCUUACAUUUGCGAUAGCUUAGACACAAUUGUGUCGUAACACUAAAGAUAGCUACUUAUUUCUAUUUAAAUUAUUAAAGAAUAUAUAUUUUUGUGAAGAGUGUUUUAAAUUUGACUAAGCUGACCGAAAUGGGUUUCUUUGCAUAUCAUCCCAAAG